UCCCGGGGAGUGGGGCUGUGCCGGGGCUGCGUGGGCAGCUCCUGUGCCUCUCACCCGCCGGAGGAAGUGGAUUGGGGUUUUGGGGUGUGCUGGGAACUCGGAAGCCGCUGCUGGAAGGAGGGAGGGAAGUGCUCGAAGGAGAAACAGGCAGAGCAGCUGCACGGGAGGGGCGAGCAGAGCCCACCCUGACACCCACCUGCUUCCCAGGGGAUUGUUCGUCCUGUCCCCGGGUGUCCCUUGCACCCCGCGGGUGCUGUGGGGGGACAAGCACCAACCCAGGGGCACCCCCAGUUUCCCCAGGGCUGCAGACUCGGCACAAGCAGGUCCCAGCCCGAUUUCACUACUGCAUGAUGUGGAUAAAAGUGUGAUGCACUUUGACAGCUCAGGAAGGACUUGAUGUGCUCAAAAGCUGCUCUGCUGGUUUGAUUUGAUUUGCUUCUACUUUUAUUCCCGCAACCUGUACCGGUUCCUCCAGUAAAAAGUCUGGCCCGCGGGCACUGAGAGGGCAGGAGGCGGUGCUGGCAGCCUGCCCAUCCCUGUAAAUCCCGGUGCAGGGCUCUGGCACCGCCCGUGCCCGGUGGUCCCUCCUGCCAGGGUGCCGAGCAUCCCCUGCCCUCUCUGUGUCCCUGGCAGGCAAAUCCAGCUGAGCUCCCCCCGUUUCCCCACUCACAUCCGUCUCCCGCCUGUCUGGGCUGGCCACGGAAGAGUUUUCGCCCAGAAAAGCUGGAUUUGAACAUUUUCUGCUGUUCUCUCCGCUUCCUGUUGCCUUCCCAAGAACAACAUCCCUGACCUCAUCCGCGGGAUGCUGCCCGUGUGCCGCCCGUCGGGAAUCCCAGCCGGCGCCCCGGCUUGGGCUCGGCCUUCCCUGGGUACCAAGACAAAUACAGCUGCGGGAAUGUCGGACCAAGAGGCUAUUUUGGGUAAAUCCUGUGCUCAUUUUUGUUGAGGUAGGAGGACACAGAUGAAUAGACUGAAGGGAGAACAGUGGUUUUGGCUCGAGCCGGGAAUUUUCAUCCCGCAGAGCAGCAAUGAAACACUUGUAGUAUUAUAUGUUGGUUUUUUUUUUUUUCCCCAGACUUUGGUUUUUUUUGCUGUGAGAAAUGAGGAGGUUUCAUGCAGCUGCCCUCUCCAUUUUGGGGAGGAUUUCAGGGAGGCAGGUGGGAAUUUGCUGGAUGAUUUUCCAGUGGGUUUGGGCUCCCGGUGCCCAUCCUGCCCCUGAGCUCUCCAGAGCCAUCUGGAACAUUCAUGGUGGGGUUGGCAGCUGCCUGCCUGCUGCUGUGGGGUUUGGGAUUGCUGCUUACGAGCCCUGGAGACAAACCCAUCCCGUGCCAAAUCCCAUGGGGAAAUAGAAUCCUGAUGUUCCCGUUGAUCUCUGUCAUCCUCAUCCCAGCUGGGGACUGAGACCAACCUGAUGCCCAACAUGGCGGAGCAAAAUAAAUAGACAAAAUAAAUAAUCUAUUAAACAAAGCUUUGGAAUGUCUGAAAGUCUUCAGGCUCAGCAGUUAAAAAUAAUAAUGAAAGGGAGAUUUUGUGUUAAAAAUAUAUGUGGUCACAGUGAGAAGAGGAGCCUGUGAAGCUGAGAAAUUGUUCCUACCCACCUGGAGCAGGGGCUGAACGUGGGGUCUGGGUGAUCCUGUGGUGGUGAGGGGUGGUGGUCCAGCCCUGGUCAUCUCUCAUCCCACAGGUGACACCAUGGUGGAACUGGAGCUCCGUCCCUAGGCCUGUGUGGAGGGAACUGCCUUUGUGCUGUGGGACACUGAACCACUGCCUCUUCCCCAUCCUGCUGGAGCACAGCCACCACACCAGAGAGGAGAGGAGAGGGGAGCAGAGAAACAUCACCAGCUGGAGAUCCUGGGGCUGCCCAGGCCGUGAUUUAUCCAGAUAAUGGCCCUUUCCAAUUUGUCCAAUUUCUUGGAUGAUGUCGAUAACUACAGUGACUACCAGGAUUACAUCUACGAGGACGUGACCAGUGUGUGGGUAGACCCGUCCCACGACCCGAAGGACAUUGCGAGGAUCCUCUCUGUCAUCAUCUACACUGUGUCCUGCGUGCUGGGCAUCCUGGGCAACGGCCUUGUCAUCGCCAUCAUCACCCUGAAGAUGAAGAAAUCAGUCAAUGCUGUCUGGUUCCUCAACUUGGCCGUGGCCGACUUCCUCUUCAACAUCUUCCUGCCCAUAAACAUCGCGUACACGGCCAUGCGCUACAACUGGAUCUUCGGCACGGUCAUGUGCAAGCUCAACUCCUUCCUCCUCAUCCUCAACAUGUACACGAGCGUCCUGCUGCUCACCACCAUCAGCUUCGACCGCUACAUCUCGGUGGUUUUCCCCGUGUGGUCCCAAAACCACCGCUCGACCAACCUGGCGUAUUUAGCGUGUUUGAUCAUCUGGACCAUCGGCAUCAUCAUGAGCUGCCCCUCCCUUGUCUUCCGAGACACGGCACAAACCCGAAAUUCCGUGAUUUGUUUCAGCAACUUCUCCCUCUCCAGGAACAAGUCUUACCAAGCCCUGGCACUGAUGAGGCACCGCACGGUGAACAUCACCAGGUUCCUCGGCGGGUACAUCCUCCCCAUAACCAUCAUCACUUUCUGCUACAUCGCCAUCGUCUUCAACCUGCGUCGGAACCGCCUGGCCAAGUCCAAAAAGCCCUUCAAGAUCAUCGUCACCAUUAUAGUCACCUUCUUCCUCUGCUGGAGUCCCUACCACCUGCUGAACCUGCUGGAGACAGAGCCGGGCAUGGUCCCGCCCUCCGUGUUUGAGGUCGGCAUCCCCAUCACCACGGCCCUCGCUGCCUCCAACAGCUGCAUGAACCCCGUGCUCUACGUCUUCAUGGGCCAGGACUUCAAGAAGUUUAAGGUCACCAUCUUUUCCAGGCUGGUGAAUGCCCUCAGUGAGGAGACAGGCCACUCCAGCAUCGUUCACAGGAGCUUCUCCAAGAUCUCUUCCAUGACUGAGAAGGAGACGACAGUGCUCUAAAUUCAACCUGGUGCCUUCAGGGGGGACAUAGUCCUCUGGUGUUGGCCAUGCCCUCCACUGGGAUGCUGGCCACCACUGUAGUGGUCCCUGAUGUGGGACAAGCAUGGUCCAACACUGUCCUAUAGUCUAUUCCUUGACUGGCGUUGCUGCCUGGAGGCUAGAAGGGAUUGGAGACCACCACUAUGUGCAAGUGGAGAAGACACAACCACCCUUAAUCUUUGUCAUUGCAAAGAUUGUUGCACCAAACUAUUUAAGGAAACACUUCAGGGUGUUCCUGUCUAACCUUUGCACUCUCUGACCUGGGAAGGGCAUUCCUGGUGUUUCCAGAGACAUUGUGAUGGGGUGGGGGACAUGUGUGGGAAGGCACCUCCCGAGAUGUGUGCUGGGUGGGCACCACCACAGGUGACACCUGCUAUGGCCAAACUGGGGACACUGCUCUCCUAUGUCUCUGUUUGGCUACUUGUGUUAAAUCCUGAGGUAUUUUGGUACAAGUGCAACGUGUUUGUAACUGUUGGGAGCACUUUGCACCCCAGGAGGCCCUGGGAAGUGUCCUCAUACCAGCUUUGAAUAUCCCACCUCGAUGAACUGGGAAGUCUCAAAUGUCUCCUGAGUGAUCCAGACCCAGGGGGUGGGGACUGGGCUCGUGCACAGGGUCACUGAUGUGGAAAACUGAGAGAAAAAAGAGGGAAAGAUCAAUUUGAAGUGUGUUUUGAACAACACUCCCUUUGAUGGGCACAUUCCACACGGUACAUUUUGCAGAGUGAUUUGAUGUUUGGGACCAGGAGUCCCAGUGAUUCCUUGCAAAGGGCCUGAUUGGCACCAGGGUAUGGGUCCAGGGGCUGGGAAUGAGCUCCUGCAAAGGAUCUGCUCUCCUCUCCUGCAUCCAGAUGGCCCUGGGAACUGGCUCCAUUGACGGCAGCUCCCUGGUGGGACUGGUUGGUCCUAUGGGAUGAUUUUCUCUCUUCAAACCAGGCAGCAAGCCCAUCUUGGGAGACUCUGGGAGUCUCGUGGGAGACUCUGCCGCCACACACCAAUCUCUGAGGUGAAGGGUGGGCUGAGCCACUGUCUCCAUCCAAUUUCACACACAGUUAAUCUGGGAGCUCCUUCUCCAUUAGGGCUUCUUGACUACGACACCGGUGUCACGCUUAUUUAUGUGCUGGUUUCUCCGUGUCACCCACAGCCUCUCUCUCCCAGGAAAGUGAGGAGCCCUGGGAGCUGGGUUUGGGCAGCCCCAGUGGCAUCAGGGACAUUUCAGGAGGUCCCCACAGGAGCUUUGUGCAGGGAUUGACAUGCUGGCAAUUGAAAGUCUGCUCACAGGUGCCCACAAAGGCUGAAAUAUUUAUUUAUAGCAUUUCUUGAAAAUCAGAAAACGGAAAAAAACAUGAAGAGGCAGCUCCCAGGCAGAGGCAGAGAGCUAUUUACGGGCUCCUGGUGGCAGCAGAUCGUGCCAGACAGGUACAAACCGAACCACAAAGCCCCGGUAAUUGAGCUGCCGCCCUGAGCUGUGGGAAUGCUGCGGAUCAGAGCAGAUGCUGCAGCGGGAGCUGGAUUUCAGAGGGAUUAUCAGGCAUCCCCUCCACCCUGGCACUGCCUCCCUGCUCUGCCUUGAUCUGCAUAACCUCGUUAGUGUGAUGGGGAGAGGGGAACAGCCACACCAUAGGAGCUGGAUCUAUCCUUCCCUGGGAUGAGGCUGCCUGCAGCAUCCGUGUCUUGGGACAGGGAUCCUGAUGGAUCUGGUGUGUUUGGAUGCGGUUUUGGUGCUGCUGAUGGUGUGAGUUGUGCUGGGGCAAGUUUGUCCCCGAAGCCAGGGCAGAGGGGUGACCUCCUUCCCACCACUGUGGAUCCAGUCUGCUAAAAGUGGGAGAUUUAUCCUGAAAAUUAAGAAUAUCCUGCCUGAGCCCUGAAGGGAAACGCAGGACGGGAUGAGGUUUAUAAAGGAAAUUAAUGGGAAAUUAACAUAAAAUUAGUGACUUCAACAGUUGGAUGCUGCUCUCACUAUGCAGGGGGCCGUAGGACACGCAGCACCUGGCUCCAGGUGUUUCCAUAUCUCCUGGGAGCUGGGAAUUAGCUGCUUCCCCAGGGAGCAAUGCCAUAUUCUUGGCCCACACCGUGUCCUGUGGUCAAGCCCAGGGCUACUCUCAGCCCAAAUCCACAUGUUUUUUUCCCCUAAAACCAGUGCACAAUCCAUAACCAUGGCAGAUGCUGGAGCAGGGAUGCUCCUCACUAAUUUUGGUGGCUAGAUUUUGCAAGCCCAUCUAUUAUUCCUGCAAACAGCUUUCCAAAAAAAACAGUGACUUGGUACUUAACCUGGGGUUAAAUCAUCACUAUAAUGACAGCUUGGGAAUCCCAAGUUUCCCAAAUGUUUGAGUUCAUCCUUGUAGUUGUUUACUUAUUUAAUAAAAGAAUCUGUUUUCCAUACAAAUA